CGGUCUGUCAGUUUGUAAAGAAGUACAGGGCAUUUUGGUGAUUUGUCCGGCAUCACGGCAGAGUAUGCACCUCGGCGCAAACUGAGGCCAUUAACUACCCACCUUUACUCUUCCCUUUUGAUUUUCCCGGGUGAUGCGUUUGUAAGAGGGAGGAAAACGCGAACAAUUCAAAAUGGUAGACAAGGAUAGUGUGGAGAAGUACCUGGAGAACAAUCCUCAGUUCGCCAAAGAGUAUUUUGACAAAAAGGUGCUCCCAGAAGUAAUCUCUACAGCGUUUACAGAAAACCUCGAGAUCAAAGAUCCGACCUCGUACAAAGAUGUCUCCCUAAUUCAAGAGGCCAACAUCAUCUUUGACAUGGUCAAAGAAAUGUACACGACAGCGACUGUGGAAAAAGCGAUCCACAAGGUCCUGCAGAGAGUUUGCAUGAUUUUGAACGCAGACCGAUGCAGUUACUUUGUGUGCCGAUCUAGAAACGGAAUACCCGAGCUUGCAACGUUGCUCUUUAACAUCACUCCUACGUCCAAAUAUGAGGAUAACCUGGUCAACCCCAAUACUGAGAUUGUUUUUCCAACUGAUAUGGGUGUCGUUGGAUGGACAGCGCACUCAAAAAAGAUGCAAAACGUUCCGGAUGUUACGAAGAAUAACCGCUUCAGUGACUUUGUUGACAAGCAGACAGGAUACAAAACCAAAAACAUGCUAUCAUUCCCCUUAGUGGCUGAAAAAGAACCCAUUGGUGUUUGCAUGGCACUAAACAAAAUUGGAGCCGAAGAAUUCACAAAAGCUGAUGAGGAUCUCUGGACCAAGUACAUGGUCUUUGCACAGGUCAUUGCCCUGCAGCACCACACUCUUUACAUGUUCAACGUGGAAUCCAGAAGGAGUCAGGUCCUUCUAUGGUCUGCCAGCAAAGUAUUUGAGGAGCUGACAGACAUUGAGAGACAGUUCCACAAAGCUCUGUACACUGUGAGAACCUACCUCAACUGUGAAAGAUACUCUGUGGGACUGCUGGACAUGACCAAAGAGAAGGAGUUCUAUGAUGAGUGGCCAAUCAAACUGGGAGAUGUAGAGCCAUACAAGGGACCAAAGACCCCUGAUGGAAGGGAAGUCAUCUUUUACAAGAUCAUUGACUAUCUCUUAGAAGGACCCAAAGAGGAAAUCAAAGUCAUUCCGGGCCCUCCGGCGGAUCACUGGGCCCUAGUCAGUGGGCUCCCGACCUACGUGUCUGAAAACGGCUUCAUUUGUAACAUGAUGAAUGUAGCCGCUGAUGAUUACUUCACCUUCCAGAAAGAACCUGUCGACGAUACAGGCUUUGUCAUCAAGAAUGUUUUGUCCCUUCCCAUUGUCAACAAAAAGGAAGAGAUUGUGGGUAUUGCCACUUUUUACAACAGGAAAGAUGGAAAACCAUUUGAUGAACAUGACGAACAAAUCACUGAGGCCCUCACCCAGUUCCUGGGGUGGUCGGUGCUAAACUGCGACACGUAUGACAGACUGAACAGGAUGGAGUGGAGAAAGGAUAUCGCCCAGGAGAUGCUAAUGUGCCAGUCCAGAUGCACGAAUGUAGAAAUGCAAAGCAUACUGAACACAAAGGAGAAGUUUGAUGCCGAUCCAGAAGACUGUGACCAGAAGGAGAUGUACAAACUCUUGCGAUCAAAUUGCCCUACUGCUGAGUCAGUGGAACUACUGAAAUUCUCCUUCAGUGACUUCCCUGUGACCGAGCACGGCCUCAUCAUGUGUGGAAUUCGCUGCUUCUUUGAGCUGAACGUGGUGGAGAAGUUCAAAGUGCCCGCUGAGACUUUGACCCGAUGGAUGUACACUGUCCGGAAAGGUUACCGUGACAUUACCUACCACAACUGGAGACAUGGCUUCAAUGUGGGCCAGACCAUGUUCUGUCUUCUCCAGACUGGCAAGUUGAGAAAAUAUUACUCUGACCUGGAUGCCUUUGCCAUGGUGGCUGCUGCAUUCUGCCAUGAUAUCGACCACAGAGGGACCAACAACUUAUACCAGACAAAGAGUGGUUCGCCUUUAGCCAAACUGCAUGGUUCCUCUAUUAUGGAGAGACACCAUCUGGAAUACAGCAAGACUCUUAUGGGCGAGGAGAGCCUGAACAUCUUUGUGAAUCUCCAGAAGCGGCAGUUUGAGACUGUACAACAUUUGUUUGAUGUCUGCAUCAUUGCCACUGAUCUGGCCUUGUACUUCAAAAAAAGAACAAUGUUCCAGAACAUUGUCAAUGCCACUGAGCCAAUGGAAACUGAGAAGGAGAAAAUUGAACAUAUUUCCAACAACGCCAUCAGGAAGGAAAUCAUCAUGGCCAUGAUGAUGACAGGUUGUGACUUGUCUGCCAUCACCAAACCAUGGGAGGUCCAGAGCAAGGUGGCUCUCAUGGUAGCAGCUGAGUUCUGGGAGCAAGGUGACUUGGAAAGGACCGUUCUUGAUCAGCAACCCAUUCCAAUGAUGGACAGGAACUGUGCAGCAGAAUUACCAAAGAUGCAGUGCGGUUUCAUUAACUUCGUCUGCGCGUUCGUAUACAAGGAAUUCUCAAGGUUCCAUGUAGAAAUCACCCCCAUGUAUGAUGGGCUAAAUGAAAACCUAAGGAACUGGAAAGAACUGGCAGACAUUCAUGCUGCCAAGAUAGCGGCCAUUGAGGAGGAGAAAAAGAAGCUUGAAUCACCUCCAGCCGAAGUGGCUGAGGGGGGAAAGUCCAAGACCUGCACUAUUGCCUAGCCCACCGGAAUAUGCCCCAGAAGGCCGUGUGGCGGAGGAUCCCUGGAGGCAGCAAGCAGUCGGUGAAGGGACAGCAGGACGUUGUGUCCGGGAGUGGACCGGCUUGAUCGUUCCCCCUCAUUCUCAGAUUCCCAGUCUUGAUAGAUGAACACUCAUCACAGGUGAACCACCAGCUGGAGUAUAUGUUGACAACAGAGUUAAAGUAGAGCAUGUCUUUCACAGAUAACUAACUGUAGGCACUACAUAAUAAAAUAAAAAACGUAAUCCAAUUAAUGAAACAGACAUUGCAACUUAACACCAGCCAAGUGGCAUACUGUAUUUGAAUACUAUAUAUUUAGAUAUGCUUUGGAUAGAGAGAAAAAAGACCUGUAACUUUUUUUAUCCAUGAUCUGAUGGUCCCUACAUGACUUUGACAUUUCAGUGGGCAAACAAUUAUGAGUGAGCUGUUUUAUGGGAAACAAAUUAUUGGAUAAUAUUUGAAAACUCAUCUCAGGAAUUUUAAGUUCACAUAUGAGGAAUCAACGGAUUCCUCACAAAUACGAAUUAAGUAGAAACAAAAUAGACCCUUUUAAUGAACUGUACCGUAAGAGCUCAAGCCCCUUAUCCUAACCCUAACCCAUAUCUCAAUUCUAACAGACAAACCUGAUAUUUUAGUAAGUGACAAUUAACUUUAUGGAGUGCUAAAAUAGUAGCAAAGCUCAACAUUUGUACACUGUUUUGAGCCUUGUGGGGUAUAUUUAUGUUAAUAUGCAAAGUAUAUAUUUUUUGAUUGUUUGUCAAGAUUUUCUACUUAAUGUAUUUUAACAGUGGAGCUGAGUCUGUUAUAAGUCUUAGAUUGUAUGAACUGAUGAUAUGGUUCAAAGUAACAUUUGAGCAUCCAAAUAUAUUGUAAAUGUUGUUCACAACUUUAAGCUAUACAACAUUUUGUCAAUAACUUGACAGUGUAACAUACACAUUGUAUUUAAACAUACAGUAUAUGUAUGAUAAAUUGCAAUAUAAUAGUAUUUCAAAAAUGGAGUACAAAAAUACUGUUGUAAGUUCCAAAGAAAUGUAGUUCAUCAAAUAGUAAAUUAUAUGAAAAAUUAAACCUACAUUUGAAAUGAAAAACAUUUGGGUGAAAUUAGGAGGCAAGCCUCAGAAAUGCUCUGUCAGUGCUGGUCUUCAAUUUCCCCGACCAUAAGACACUUUGUUGGGAUUGAGUUUGAUUGUCAACCAGCUUUCAAGAUCUGCACAGCUUAAAACCUGAAAUGUCCUACUUACUGUAGAAGCAGCAGGUUACCAAAGCAAUAUCUGUUAUGAGUGAGGGCUAUGUUUGUUUGGUGGAAUUGAGCCGAAACAUGUGGUCUCCAUCAGGCCUAAGUCCCUCUUCUGUUUGUUUUACCAUUCUGGACUUAUUUCAGGACCUAUGUAAAAUCUAUUUAUGCAACAGCGAGGAAGUGAAAUGACUAAUCUAGUGGUAUUGCACUGAUGUUUCCAUAAUAAUACUGCUUAGAAAUCCUCCCUAGUCAUCUGCUUUAGCUCUACUGUAACGGGUGACGUUCCUGAGUAGAACUAAGCAGGGCAGGCAAAGUUUGACUUGUGUACUUAUGCAACACAUGCCCUCUCACUAAAUGAACGGAAAAUCAAGAGCAGUAAUCCAAUAACGGUAGCUUUGACAGACAAGUGCAUCUUCAAUAGCUCCAAUGUAUCUCUGUUCCUUGAGCUUCCAGGGCAGAAAGUUUGGACCAGGGCUCCACAAAGGGGAUAAGCCAUACAGUAGGAGAGAAGUAUGGGAAAGUGAGUUCAUCUAUUUCACACGUACAUUUAAAGGUCACAAUUGAUGUCUACUAAUUCUGUCGAGUUAUCAUUGAGGGAGCUUAGAAUUUGACAUUUUGAUGUCUGAUUAAACCAACUACUGUAUGUACGUGUCAUAAGAUGUAACGUUAACAAAAUAAAGACAUUGAUCAAAGUCA